UUUAUUUGCGAAUAAAUUUUUUUUAAAAGAACGUUAUGAUUAAAAAAUGCAUUCAAGCUAUGGCUGUAGCUAUGGUUGCUCGUGUUGUUUGGUGGUACGGAAUAAGAACAGUUUUAAUAGAAAAACGACAAUCGUCACCAACAAUGUAUCGGGCAGCCGUUUUCGAACAUGUUCCACAAGGAGAUGAAAAAUCCGAAACUUAUCGUGAAAUUAUUGAUAAAAAUCUAAAAAUCUAUGAAAAAGCUGUAGAAAUUGCAUAUCAGAAUGAUGUUGAAUUACUUGUCUUUCCUGAAGAUAGUUUAAUCAAUUCGGAAAAAUAUAAUCGAUCGAUGUUGAUUGAACAUAUUUUAGAACCUAUGCCUGAUCCACGUAAUGGACAACUUGUGAAUUUUUGUGAAACAACUUCCUUGGAUAAAAAGAAAACUUCAGUUUUAGCAACAAUUAGCUGUUGGGCAAUACAAUACAAAAUGUUUAUCGCUUUAGAAUUUGGCGAUAAAGUCAAAUGCGAUAAGAAUAUUGAAUCAGAGUGUCCACCGGAUGGUCAUUAUCUUUUCAAUACUAUUGCAUUAUUCGAUUGGUAUGGCAAUCUUGUGGCUAAAUAUCAUAAGAUGCAACUUUAUUAUGAGUUUCAAUAUAAUAUCCCAACGAAAAAAACUGAAAAUAAUGAUCCGGUUGUUUAUUAUGAUUCUCCAUUCGGUCGGAUAGGAUUUAUGAUUUGUUUUGAUUUGAUGUACAAACAACCGGGUAUAAAACUUGUUGAAGAAUAUGGUGUUCAGACAAUCAUUUUUUCUACUUAUUGGUUUAAUCAUUUGCCUUUCGUUUCGAGUGUUCAAAUGCAACAAGCUUUUGCUUUAGCUCAUAAUAUUAAUUUUAUAUGCGCUAAUACACAUAUACCAAAGACAGGAACACUCGGUAGUGGAAUAUAUUCCGGAAAAUUUGGCGCAAUCAUUUAUACGAAUAAUCCGGACAGCAAUUCUAAAUUAGCUAUAGCAACAAUACCAAUUGAUCUAAGAAGCAAAGAAUCAACAUUCGAUGUUCAUAAAACAAAACCUAAAUUAUUUGUAGUGUUUAGAAAUAAAACUCGUCAAGAAUUACAAAAUAAUUAUUUGAAUCCCAAUGAUUUACAAUCGAUAAUAUUACUGAAUUUUCAUCAGAAUCUAACCGGUUCAGUAAAAUGGUGCUUUCCUGGUUCACAUUUAUGUUGUCGACUUUAUUAUGAGCUCAAGCAUAUUUCGCAGAACGAAAAGGCCAUAUUUGCAUUAGUGACUGGAGCGUCACUUUCCGGAGCUAUCGGGCAGUCAAGAUAUCCCAUUUUUCAAGAAUACUGCGGUAUGGUUCAAUGUGAAUCAAAAAAUUGUUCACAAUUUAGUUCGAAUAAUGGAAUUGAAUUCAAUUAUAUAUUUUUAAGCACAACUUCAAUGAGUCAUUAUGUAUAUCCAUCUGUUAUCGGUAAUAAUCAACGACUUUUACCGAUUCGAAAAGAAUGGAUUUAUCAACGUUUAGAACCGGAUGAAAAUAUUAUUCGUGUUCGUCCAACGCAGCCGAUUGUAGCUGUAACUUUAUAUGGACGAAAUUAUGAUAAUGAUCCAGUCUAUGUACAUUGAUAAAUAAAAUCUUUAUUUACCAUAAACAAGAAAGGAGUAAAAUAUUUUCC